GCCUGGGAAGGGAGAGCCUGAGUCACUGAACAGAGUGAGGAAGACUUUUGCUGUAUGUACAGGCUCGUUGCGUUAGCCAGUACACAGUGGAUCUCAGCUGGUCCAAUCGGGAUCUGGGUAUUAACUUGAACAUUAACAUUGGGGAUUUAUUAUCUGAUUAUCCAGUUUUUGCUCCAGACCAUGUGAAGGGGACAUAAAAAGAUGGCUGACGGCUCUGAUUGGGUGGAGAUCAUUGAGCCACGGUCCCAUGAACGGAUGUAUGUGAACUUAACGACUGGUGAGUGUGGAUGGGAUCCUCCUCCUGACCUACCUGUGCGCCAAUCUAAUGAAAACCAGUGGUGGGAGCUGUAUGAUCAGCAGAGUGGACGCUUCUACUAUUACAAUGCCCUGACCCACCAGACUGUGUGGCAUCGCCCUCAGCAAUGUGAUAUCGUACCUCUGGCCAAGUUGCAAGCUGUUAAACGUGCCUCCCAGCCUAAUCUUGUUAUGCGAGCCAGCCAGGAGCGGAUUACACACCGUGGCAGUACCAGCAGUGAGAGCACAAAUGUAAAUGUAGAUAUCCUUCAGGAUGCUGAGCAUGGAAAGGAUGGAGCUAAGAGGAGAACAGACAGUAUGGAUAGCAGGAAGGAUUCUGGGAGAGAGACACCUCACAGAUGGCAGCCUGUCCCGGGUACCAAGGCUGCCAUGUUGGUAAAGGUGAAUAGUCUGAGACAGGUUCCUACUUCCCCAACAAGCGUAAGCAACCAGAACAGCGUUCCCAAACCUUCUCAUCCAAAGCCAGUUAUAUAUGCACAGCCUCAGGUUUCCUCUUCAACAGCAUCUAGUUCUGAUGCUAAACAGUCUAUGCAAAUAAAGAAGACAGAAAAUGGAGGAUUCUGUUUGGUUUUAACAAAUGGAGCAAGUUGUCAGACACCACAAAGGACUCCUACAGGGACACUACAACCAUCAUCUCCCAGAUAUGGCUCUCCACCACCUAUAUAUGAUGAGCCAUCAAUAGAUUCACCUAUUUAUGAUGAACCACCCGUGGAGAUGGACUUUGAAAAUAUGACUGUAAAGUCAGCUUCUCCACCCGUGUCCCCAUCUGGUAGUAUGCAUAAUCACCCCCAGCCUAUGAAGCUUCUGCCUUACCCAAGUGUUCAUCAGCAAAAACAUAAAAGAAAUCCCUCUGCUACGGAAUACAGCGCAGUUGGCAGGGAGUAUAUUAAGCAUAUGGUCAAUGUGGACCAGUCUUCUAAACAAACUGUAUCUCCCACAGGUUCCCUUGAUAUUCCUCCUAAGCAUCAGACAGGUCAACUAGCCCUCAAGGACAGUUUUAAGCAUUCUUGGCGGGUUUUAGAAGCCAAUGUUCUCAAGAACAUAGAAGCACACCAUGGCCGACAAAAUAGCUUACCACAAGACUACCCAACUGUGGUAAGUCAGCAAGAUUCCGGCUAUUCUACAGGUCCUUCUCCAAGUUUGAGAAAGAGAAAAGGUAGGAGGCAGGGUACUGGACAGACAAGACCUGGGUCUGUAGGUAGUAGCAGUGAACUAAAUGCAUUGAAUGAUAAACUGAUUGCAGAAAUGAGGUCAGUAGUGAACAGGACUGCCAUUUGCAGGGGCAGCAAAUCUAGUUUGGAUACAGAAAUGCUUGAAAACUCUAUUCCAGUUGAUGGUAACAAGGUGCGUUUCCAGGCUGAUGCUUUGAAAAAAAGUAGCAGGAGGGGGUCAAGAGAUGACAUCACGUCCAGCAGCAGGUCAUUGUUCAGGCAUGUCGCUGAGAGCCAAGAGAAUGGCACUGGGGACAUGGUAACCUCGCAAGAAGUUGUAAGGCAGAAACGGACAUAUGAAAAGAUAGAUUUCUUGGAGAAGAAGGUCACUAGCCAGAUCAGUCUGCUUUCAUCAGAAUCUGCAAGGACAGCAUCUCAGAGUGGAACACUGGAGGCAAACCCCACUGGAGAAGGCUCUGUACAAUCAGGGUUUGGACCUGGAUAUCAGUUCCCCUAUACCACCUUGAGAAAACCACUUUCCCAGACCAGUAUGGUGGACUGGGCCUCCAAGAACCUCAACAUGCACACUCAGGGCAUCUUCCGUCGAAGGCUGUCCAUUUCAAACAUGCUUUCUUGGAAUGGAGGCUCCAUCAAGAAGCCAAUGUUAAUCACCAGCAAUAGGCUUAUAAAGAAAGAAGCAUGUGAGAUGUUCAAACUGGUCCAAGUCUACAUGGGAGACCGGCAAGCUCGGACUGACCGAAACCAGGUGGCUCUUGUAAUGGUGACUAAGUGUUGGAGCAUGCAAGGGUUAAGAGACGAGUUGUACAUGCAGCUGGUAAGGCAGACCACUAAUAACAUGAACUACAGGAGCCUUUCUUGGGGAUGGGAACUUAUAGCAAUCAGCCUGAGCUUCUUUUCUCCAUCCCCCAAAUUUCAAUCCUACUUGGAAGGAUAUAUUUACAGACACCUGGAUGAGGUCAGCGAUCAAAACAUAGCCCAGCGCAUUCAAGAAGUUCAAGAACUAAAUACAAAAAAGAUCUCAAAAUCACGGAAAAAGAGAAAGCAGAAUGGCGAUGAAGAGGAAGGUUUACCUAUAAGUACCUAUGCUAAAUACUGUUAUCGUAAACUGCAGAAAGUCGCCAUUACUGGAGGAAAAAAGGGCUUGAGAAAACCAACUGUGGAGGAGAUAGAUCAGGCUCGCAAUGCCAUCCUAACUCCAUCUCUGUUUGGAAGCUCCUUAGAAGAAAUUAUGGAGCGGCAACGGGAGGUAUAUCCCAACCUCCAGCUGCCCUGGGUGCAGACUCGGCUCUCUCAGCAGGUGCUGGCUCUGGGGGGUGAGCGGACAGAGGGAAUAUUCAGAAUUCCUGGGGACAUUGAUGAAGUGAAUGCACUAAAAGUGCAGGUGGAACAGUGGAAAAUUCCAGAUAACCUUUCGGAUCCAACUGUUCCUGCGUCCCUCUUGAAGCUGUGGUAUCGAGAGUUGGAGGAGCCGCUUAUACCACAGCAGUUUUACAAACAGUGUAUUAGUAACUAUGAAAACCCUGAUGCCGCAGUAUCUGUGGUUCAGCAACUUCCAGAACUAAACAGACUGGUGCUCUGCUACCUUAUUCACUUCCUCCAGAUCUUUUCACAACCAUCUAAAGUGGGCACGACAAAGAUGGACGUCAAUAACCUUGCUAUGGUGAUGGCACCCAACUGCUUAAGGUGCCAGUCAGACGAUCCCAGGAUCAUAUUCGAGAACACUCGCAAGGAGAUGUCCUUCCUGAGGAUGUUGAUUGUGCACCUGGACACCAGUUAUGUCAGGGAUCUGCUCUAAGUGAAGAAUUAAGAGCAUGUCCUCUGUGUGUGUGUAUGUGUAUAUGUAUGUGUAUAUAUAUAUAUAUAUAUAUAUAUAUAUAUAUAUAUAUAUCCUCUAGUUUUAUUUGCUUAAGAACAGAUGAGUAGUUUCUCUACGGACAAUUUUAAUAAGGAAGAGUGAUUCACAUCUCUGCACUAUUUCAGCUGUAUUUUUAUCCAUAGACUAUGUCACUGUAAUUGUAUUAUAAAGUUCAUAUGAUUACUGCAGUCUUCUUCAGACAGUAUAAAUGUGGGCUGUACCUUAUUCGCUCUUAAAGCACUGUGAAACAAAAGUCAUAUUUUGCUGAAAUCUCAGUGAUAGCAAGAGAACUGUGCCAACGUCAGCAGGAUUCAUUCUUAAAAUAUCAAGCAGUAAAAAAACAAAUGUUAUAGUAUGUGUGAAACAGAAUUUGUAGAGAAACUGCAUCUCAUAAUAUUUUACUUUUUGAAUAUGGUGUUGUAAACCCUGCUUCGGAUGUUCAGCUCUAAGAGCGCAUUCACUCUGAUGAAUCCUUAAGAAAGGCUUUAAAAACUAUUAUAGAAUAUGUUUUUAAGUUUAAACAUCAACAUAAAUAAUUUGGCACACAUUACUUUUUUAUGCAGUGUGUUUGUUUUCAUUUUAUUGUAGCAAUCUUUAAUUUUUUAUUUAUAAUGUAUUUUUACCUAAUCUCCUAUCCUCUAAGCUUAGUAGUAAAUUGUAUACGAUGUGCAGGUUUAAUAUCAGAAUAUCAGUUGUUAACAUGGUCGUGCUUGUUGUUCAGUUCUUAAGUCAGUAAUUGUUUCCUUCUGGUUAAAAUUACCUGUGUUAAAGAGCUUAAGGAUACACAGAAGGAAAAGCUUAUUUUCUCUGUCUCUCUUUAAAAAAAGGCUCCUAUGUCCUCAUCCAAGAAGACAAAAGUAAUAUAAAAAUGUGAUUUAUAUUUGUAGUAAGUGUAAUAAUUUAAAACCAAGCAUAAAAGAGUGUUAAAAACUCCUGCAAAAUGCAGUUUUCCUUUUUUUUUUUUUUUUUUUUUUAUCUUUUCAUCUUUUUUACUUACUGCCAUGUUUUGACAUCUGGUAAGUACAGAUUUACUGCUUGGCAAUUGAUUUUCAGUAUCAGAAAUUGUCACAUGCAGAGACAUAAAACAUAGAAUCUGAAGACUUCCUGUAUAUUUACUGUAUAUUCCUGAGUUGCUGUAAAAUGCUCUUUAGUGGACAUAUAAAUCUGUUUCAGAUCAGUUUAACAAGUGUAUUAUCAGUGGUUUAGGAUACUAAAAUAUAAAUAUGAUCAGUGCAUAUUUAUUUAAGAGUAUUUGGCUCUCAAAUGUAUAUUGUGGGACAAAUGACCCACAUAUUUUUGUUAUAUACCGUUGAAAAGCAACUACCAAAGAGCUGGGGGAAAUAUCACUACCAUUUAUAGUCAGUGGCGAAACUACCAUUCAGAAGAGAUAAAGCUAUAUUUUUCCUGCCGUGUGUGCAUGUAUACACGCACAUUCAUACACAUUUUGUACCUACUUAGAAAGUCACUUAAACUGCCUUCCUUGAUUUUGGAAUUAAUUCAGUUACCUUGCCACAAUAACUUUCAUGGAUAUAGUAUUUAAGCUUUGAAACCUUAUAAAGUAAGGCAUAUAAUUCCAUAAAGAAAAUAUAUCAAAUUCUCAUUUUAUACUGUGAUUUAAGUGCUCAGUUAUGUUGACCCUAAGCCACUGUUUAGCUCUGUGUUUGUUUGUUUUUAAUAUAACUGUUUAAAGGAAUAUCUUGAAGAGAUAUGGAUGCAAUGCUUGUAACUAAUAUUUAAUUCCGGUGUGUUGGUUAAUUGGUUGGUUCUUUGGAAAACCAAAUGAAACAUUGUUUUUAUAUAUAUAUAUAUAUAUAUAUAUAUAUAUAUAUAUAUAUAUAUAUAUAUAUAUAUAUAUUGUAUAAUUGCUUUUACUUUUUGUGAAUGAUGAUAAAACCUUUUUUGUCUUCGAUUGUUGUAGUUAGAAUGGUUUUUCUUUUUCCUACAAAAUGUUAUUUAUACAUUGUUUUUGUUUUUUGUUUAUAUUUUUUUUUGUGUGUGUGUCAGCUUAAAUUCAAGUACAAUUUUCACCAGUUUAAUAUUUGUGGUAAGAGGAAAUAUCACAUACCUUUUUGUUAAGAAAAUGUAAGUAAUGUCUUUUUUGAUAGGAGAGGGUUACACAAAAAGUUUCUUUAAAUUUGCCCUUUUAUUAAGUGCUUUUUUUAUAUAAAAAAAAGGGAAGUAGAAUGUCACAGGACAUUCUUAUACUGAUACCUAUUGCCUCGAGAUGCCUUUAUUUUACAAAUGUGAACGUCCUCUGGCGUGAUUGCAAAAUGUUUAUUUUUAUACCAUCUACAAGAAAAAGGCUACUCAUAGAUCUGUUUAAUUUAUAUGUCUUUUUUUCUACCGAGAUUUGAGGGUUGUCCCCACAUGUAGAAUUGCUGAUGGUUAAAUUAACUGUAUCUUUUGCAAUUAACAUAUUGAUUACCUGUUCUUACAGGGUUAUAUCAUGCCUCAUCACCCUGAUUUCUUAGUGUGCUAACAUAUAACGAGAAAACCAAGCAUAAUGUCAUUCCAUCUAAUUUAAUUCUGUUUCAUAGGGAAAGGCAAACAUUAAAGGGGCAUGAAAUCCAAACAUUUUCUUUCAUGGUUUAGACAGAGCAUACCAUUUUUAACAACUUUGCAAUUUACUUCUAUUAUUUAAUUUGCUUCCUUCUCUUGUUAUCCUUUGCUGAAAUGUUUAUCUAGGAAAGCUCAUCAGCAGCAGAGAACCUAGGUUCUAGCUGCUGAUUGGUGGUUGCAUAUAUAUAUAUAUCGAUUGUGAUUGGCUCACCCAUGAGUUCAGUUUAAAACAAUUAGUGCAUUGCUGCUCCUUCAACAAAUGAUACCAAGAGAAUGAAACAAAUUAGAUAAUAGAAGUAAAUUAGAAAGUUGUUUAAAAUUGUAUUCUCUAUCUAAAUCAUAAAAGAAAAAAAUAGGGUUUCAUAUCCCUUUAAAGUUAAAUAUUUUGUAUAGUUUUAUACUAUGAUGUAUAAGUCACUGUGUAUAUAGAAUUUUAAAUCUAUGAAUUUUUCUUUUAUUAGUCAUGUUGGUUUUUAUUUACCAUUGUGCUUUAAAUUCCAUAUGAGCAGAAUGAGGUUAAAAUAAGAGCAUACAACUUUCAGAUCCUAGAUACAGUUUUGCCUGAUUAAAACAAACUUGUUUUUCUGAUAUCUGAAGUUUGCUUUGUGUUAAUUUUGAAACUGUUACGCUACUGGGUCAAAUAACAGCACUAUAAAUAUCCUGGCAAGAUUUUGAAAUGGUCUGUAUCUUGCUUUUUCAGGACAAUUGUGCUAUAAAUGACACUACACUGGACCGUUUGCUUUAAGUUAUACAAAUGUUAAACCACUUUUUUUCUGCUUUUGUACAUUGUGAAUUCUAAUAAUAAAAAAAGACUUUAUGGUGUCAA